AUGCUGGUGCAGCAGUUGAAGUUGGUGAAUGUUCGACUUGCAGCGGCUGAAAAGCGGAAUGCUUCCGGUGCUGAUGAGGAGAAGGGUGCAGAAGCCAGGGGGAGCAAGGUUAUUGCUGUUGCUGUGGUUAAGGGGAAGGGAGUUCACAAGUGUGACACUCGUGAGCAGCACAAAUGUGAGGUCUCGGUGCAGCUGAAGGAUGGAGCUGAGAAGGAGAAGAUAGUGGAGCUGAAUGUGGCUGAUGAUGGGACUCAGGUGAAGGGGGAACCUGAGGUGAAGCGGAGCUUGGAGGAAGCCGACAUUACCUUGGAUGGUAACGGUAUUACCGCAGCUAAUGACAUGGGAGCUGAAAGUGUGGGGAAGGAUAAGACAGCUUUCCCUAAAAUUGGAGUUGGGAUCGGCAAUGUAGCGGAGCCGGUUGACAGUGAGAAGCUGAGUGAUGGAGCUGAAUAG